GAAUACCCUCCAGGGAACUUUUAUGGAUGUGGAUGGAUUUGAAUCUAUAUUUCCAUUUUCAGAGGCCUCAGUUGUAAUCCUCCACCUAAUUGAAUAUAACUUACAAAUAAUGUCUCCUGAAGUUGCCUUAAACAGAAUUUCUCCAUCACUUUCUCCUUUGAUUUCCAAUGGUCGAAAUGGAAAAGUGGGAUUGGAUGCAACUAACUUAAGGAUUACUGAUCUGAAAUCUGGCUGCACAUCUUUAACUCUUGGACCCAACUGUGAUCGAUUUAAAUUACAUAUUCCAUAUGCUGGAGAAACUUUAAAAUGGGAUAUAAUUUUUAAUGCCCACUAUCCUGAGUUGCCACCUGACUUUAUCUUUGGAGAGGAUGCUGAAUUUUUACCUGAUCCUUCUUCCUUACAUAAUUUGGCCUGCUGGAAUCCUUCAAAUCCUGAAUGUCUCCUGCUUGUUGUAAAGGAACUUGUACAACAGUAUCAUCAGUUUCAAUGUAGCAGAUUACGUGAGAGCUCUCGGCUCAUGUUUGAAUAUCAAACAUUACUUGAAGAACCUCAGUAUGGAGAGAACAUGGAAAUUUAUGCUGGCAAAAAGAACAACUGGACUGGUGAAUUUUCAGCUCGGUUCCUUCUGAAAUUGCCAGUGGACUUCAGCAAUAUCCCUACCUACCUUCUCAAGGAUGCAAAUGAAGACCCUGGAGAAGAUGUUGCUCUUCUUUCAGUCAGUUUUGAGGAUACCGAAGCUACUCAGGUUUUUCCCAAAUUGUACCUUUCUCCUCGAAUUGAACAUGCUCUUGGUGGAUCGUCUGCUCUUCUCAUUCCUGCUUUUCCAGGUGGAGGCUGCCUCAUUGAUUAUGUUCCCCAAGUAUGCCAACUGUUAACCAACAAGGUUCAAUAUGUUAUCCAGGGUUACCAUAAGAGAAGAGAAUAUAUUGCAGCAUUUCUUAGUCAUUUUGGAACUGGAGUGGUAGAGUAUGAUGCUGAGGGUUUCACAAAACUCACUUUGCUGCUGAUGUGGAAAGAUUUUUGCUUCCUUGUUCACAUUGACUUGCCACUGUACUUUCCUCGAGAUCAGCCAACAUUGACAUUUCAGUCUGUCUAUCAUUUUACGAAUAGUGGAGAACUAUAUUCUCAAGCCCAGAAAAACUAUCCCUAUAGUCCACGAUGGGAUGGCAAUGAAAUGGCCAAAAGAGCAAAGGCUUACUUCAAAUUAUUUGUCCCUCAGUUCCAGGAGGCAGCUUUUGCAAAUGGAAAACUCUAAAAAAAAGGGGGGGGGAAACAACCUCAUCCUGAGAAAAUGCCAAACAGAUUCUUGUGCCCACAUGCUUGUCAACAGAUUGCAAGAUAACUUCCUGAAGCCUGGGCUUCAGCAUUUAUUGGCGGAGGUUUCGCCUCUGCAGUUUCAUUGUGAUUGUCAUAGACCGACUGAAUGAGAACUUUGGAUGAUUGACUUCAAUACAGGGUCUUUUUCCCCCUCUAUUUUCUUUUCCUAUAUGCAGAAAUGUUGCUUCAUUACUUGCUUGGUGGAAGCUCAAAAUAUAUUGAAUAAAUGUGAUUUUUUCCCCUUCCUUUUUUUUUUUUUUCUAAAUUUCUUUUUCUAUGACAAUGUUUAGAGGUUUUAGGGUUUUUUCGUGAAUUUCUGCAUGCUGGAAUUUCUGACACAUUAAAAGCACACUGAAAAUAAAUGUACAAUAAAUCUGUCAUAUUA